GAGAGAGAGAGGCAGAUCGCUGCAAGUGUAAUGCAGUAACCGAGGUUCCUCAUUUGCCAGUUUUUACAGUUUAUGCUGGGUGAGAUGAUAGAGAAGAUUUUAAACACCUUUGCGUGCCGAAUCCAUUUAGGUCCAAGAAGACGUCCUGAAUAAGGGGUUGGCAGUAUUUUCACAGCCUCACUCUGUACCUGCUUUGGAACACGAACAUUAUCAUGAAAAAACAGCAAUGCUAGUUUACAGAUGCUCAUUUAAGACGAUGACCUUGGCUAAACGUGUGUUCCGGUGACUGAAUCCAAUGCGUUCGACUUUUCAAUACAAUAAGGACACUUUCUGGUUUUAAGUCUGAAUCAUAGGCUAAAGAAUGCGGUACUCAGACACUUCGAGCAGAGAUGUGCUGGGUAACAGAUCGCUCUGUUUUUUUUUUAUUUGUGCGUUUGGUCUAGUAACCUUAUUGCAGCAGAUCAUCUACGGGAAGAACUACAUUAAGAGUGGGCUACAGUUUAGCUGGCAGAGUGGAGACGAAACCGAGAAUUGGACCGGGACCUUUAAUUUCACGGAUGAUGGAGUACUGAAGCCUGCCAGUGAUGGGGACAGCAGGUACUUCGAAUUUUAUGACGGUCCCUAUGAGUAUAACUCCACAACAUGCAAGGAGCUAAGGCAGGAAAUCAUGGACGUGAAGGUCCUCUCAAUGGUGAAGAAUUCUGAACUAUUUGACAGAUGGAAGAGUCUGCAGGCCUGUAAGUGGCAGAUGAAUAAGGCAGAGGCCAAUGCCUUCAAAGCUUCUCUGUCUCGAUGUUGCAAUGCCCCGGCAUUCAUGUUUACCACCCAGAGAAACACUCCCUUUGGAACAAAGCUCCGAUAUGAGGUGGACACCAGCGGGAUCCUGCACAUCAGCCCUGCAAUCUUCAAAAUGUUUCCCAAAGAUAUGCCAUACUCCCGGUCCCAGUUCAAGAAAUGUGCAGUGAUUGGCAAUGGGGGAAUCUUAAAGAACAGCAAAUGUGGGAAGGCGAUUGAUUCAGCUGAUUUUGUUUUUAGAUGCAACUUACCUCCCAUCUCUGAAGAGUAUGCAGCAGAUGUUGGGUACAAAACUGACAUUGUGACUAUAAAUCCCAGUAUUAUAACUGAAAGGUUCCAGAAGCUAGAGAAAUGGAGGAAGCCCUUUUAUGAGGUACUGCAGACUUAUGAAAAUUCAUCCGUGGUUCUUCCCGCCUUCUACAACACCCGCAACACAGACGUCUCCUUCAGGGUCAAAUAUGUCCUGGACGACUUUGACUCCCUGCAGUCGGUCUUCUACUUCCACCCACAGUACCUGCUCAACGUGCAGCGCUUCUGGAUGACGCAGGGGGUGAUGGCCAAGAGGCUGAGCACUGGGCUGAUGCUGGUUACGGCUGCCAUGGAGCUCUGCGAAGAGGUCCACCUCUACGGAUUCUGGGGUUUUCCUAUGGACCCCAACGGGAUCUUCAUGACACACCAUUACUAUGACAACGUCAAGCCCCGGCCCGGCUUCCACGCCAUGCCUCACGAAAUAUUUAACUUCAUGCGCUUGCACAGCAGGGGCAUCUUGCAGGUUCACACGCGGGCCUGCAGCAGGUGAUGUCACUUCCUUUUCUUUUGUUUUAUUCCACUGUGCUCUGCAGUGGGGGCUUAUUAUUUUCUAUGUUAACAACAGUCUUCCACAAACAGUUCUCUGGGACGAGUCUUGAUGUGCAAACCAAUAUUUGUAGGAAGCUAUGAGAAAUGCACAUUCUGACAGAAAAUGUACUGUGCUCAUUAUCUUAAUUUUGGAUGUUAAAAAACUAUUAUCAAGUACAGUGUUCCUUGUUAUAAGGCAGCCUUUGUACUGCAGAUACUCCCAUUUCUUCCAUUGUGCCAUUUCACAAGCACUUGCAGUAUCAAAAUGAGGCCAAACACAGAUAACACAGUUUCUAUGGGUCCUGAGAACAGUGUUAUAAAGGAUGAGCAUGGUUUAUGUUAAUAUGUAUGUGUGGCAAUGUUGCUGGUGAUUAAGAACAGAUGCAGAGGUGAUGCAGUGCAGAAAUAAUCACAAGUGAAAACUGUAAUCCAAUUUGGAAAUGUUAUUUUUAUUAUUACACAAAUCCUGGUCUCGCGACCAAACAAUAAUCCUCCAGCAAUACACUCCUGGUGUAACGCUCGGCAGGAAAAUAAUAAUAAUGAUUUGUAAACAAAACAAAUAAUAACACGUUAUCUGCUCCCACAAUACUACUAACACAAAUCACCAGUCCGGGUGCGUGCAGUAGUUCUCAAGGUGGGUGAUAACAAAUAACAGUGACUGUGGUGUAGUGUUGUUCCGGGUAGUGCUGGCCCAAGGCGACAGCUCCGGAGACGUGUUAGCCGUCUAGUGAAUUUACAAACAAAAGACAAUUACUAACAGUGGUACAAACAAACAAAACGCUAACGAAUACUUUUUUGUUUCUUUUUGGGAAACUCUCCCGGUCCUUCCAGUUCCGUGCGUCUCUGAACCCAAGCGAAGGAAAACAUUUACAAUCAUGUCAAUCUCAACUUGGAUUUGUCCUUGCAAGACUUUUUCCACCUUCAUCCUGCCUAUACCCUCCCUGCAUAUCAAAUAUAAUUAAUUAAAUGCUUUUACAUGCAGCAGAGAAGCUCCUAUUUUCCAUAUACUUAAUGAAAAACAUAAAAAUAUUGAAAAAUUACAUUUUGAAAUCUAACAUGAAAUACUGUACUACUAUUAUGGCUUCCAGUAGACUUUUGCCUUUUUGUAGUUUGCUUGAUUACAUGAUGUUAAAUAAAAGAUCAAAAUUAGGUUCAAAUAGUUUUUUUCUUUUUUAUUAUGUCUCAAUCCUAGAAUUCUAGGUGUUGCAAAAAUGUUGCUUUCGAUUUCAGUUCCCAGGCAAAAUGAAAACACAUGCAUAUUCUUCAUUCUUCCUUCAUUCUUCCUCACCUAAAAGCAGGCAGAACAUUGUUAAUCUUCUCAAAUAUGCAUUUCAUAAGCAAAACAAGAUAUUGCUAUGAUUAUAAAACCUCAUUUUUUAUACAAUGAACAAUACUAUGUACAGUAUAUUUCGUUAAUAAAUAUGCCUCAUCUUUGACCCUGAGAACUGUUUGUGCUGUCCUAAAAAUAAUAAAAUAUGUAACUUGUAAUGGACUGUGCUGAGGCUGCAGUGAAAAAUCAUAGCUUCAGCUUCUUCGUGGGACCUUUAAGCCAUUUGUGGAGGGGAUCUUUUGUAUUGUGCCAGAGAAGGAAUCAAGCUUUGUUCUGUAGUUUUACUAAUAGUAUUACUGCAUGCAGUACUACUGCAAUUGUCUGGAUUGCAGGACUGCAGGGGCUUAACGCACUUGCUGGUCUUGCCCAAGGGACAUGGACUGAUGCUGCCAUCAAAUGGUAGAAAAUAAGAAGAAACACACACUUGACAUCUUACUGUAAAAUAAAGCACAGUGAUACCUUCUAUUGUUCAUAUCAAGCACAUACCGGUAAUAUUAUUGGCAUGUAUUGUUUUAUAAGAGAAAAUGUUUAUCACACAUUUGAUUGCUUAAGAUCCUCACCAGCUUUUCAAAAUAUUCUGAGCUGUCUAGCGUUGAUCUGACACUAAACUGUGAGAAAGACUCUGCACAACAGCCAAUACUUACAGAAUGUCACAUAGAGUGCUGUACGAUACAAGCUCACCCUGAACUUGAAUGGGUGAAAAUCAUCUUGUGUCUUAUACAGCAUAUUGUUGAUUAUAUUUACUUAAAUAAGAAUAUUUAAACUAAUAAUGUGACAUUAUACAAUCUAUCUAAUAAAAAAGAUCAUAUAUAUAUCAGGCCCUGAAGCUAAAGUGGACACUCUACCUCUGUUUGAAAAGAAACUAAUAAUAAACCCCUAAAAUCGGGGUAAAUAUUUAUAUACAAAUAAAAUUAAGUCAAAUAAUUAGUUAACCAAUCCGUGGAUGCUUUUUCCUUGACGGGGUCAGAAUCACUCUAGCUCUAGUUCAAAGGAAGCUCUGUUCAAAGCUGCUGUUUCUCAGUGAAAUUAAGAAAGAAACAGGCUCUGACUGGGAUAUCCUGUUAGCACCCAUCUCUACUAAACUUGAGCUUUCAUAAUGCAUGCUCAGUGUAUGCUACUAUAAAAAAAAAGUUGUAUCACGCCUGGUAGCAUCUAUUCCAGCAAGCAUCUGCUUUAUGAAUGUUUUUAUCACAUAAUGUAGGUGUGUGUUUACUUUGUUUUUAUAGAUAAUGAUAAGCAAUGUUUGAACACCAUUCUGUAUAUUUUAGUAUAAGGUAUAAAUUCAUUUUAAUAGUGUCAUUCUGCACCAUAUACUGUAUGUAAGCAAUAACCCAUAACAAGGUGUGUGGUAAAACAUACAGGACACAUGUGGGUGCGGUGUGAGGUAUUUUAGUUUUGGAACACAGUUUCACAAGACAUUUUGGUCAGUAUAGCACAGGAUUUGGGUACAGUACAGAUACAUUAUCAUUAUCUGCACAAUGGGCAUGCUAUUUCAUAAUAAAAUAAAAAUUAAGUGAAAACUUGAUUGCCAAUAGCAUAUGUGCUAAUUAUACUUUGUCAUUAUCCCCAACCAAUCAGGAUGGAAACAGAUAUACUUUUUAUGAGCUGGCAUUCUAAAGUAACAAAUCACAGCACAGCAUUUCUUACACGUUCAAACAUCUUCAAUAAAAGUACUGGCCAUGCUACCAGGCAAAAAUACCACCUGAAUUCUUAUGAAUGCCUGGAAAGACUUUAACAAUUCAUACCGGUCUCAAAAAAAUGAAAAAUAAAACAAACAUGCUGGGGAGUCAAAUGGUUUAAACAUAAACUAUUGAAUGUGAACAUAAGACUACAAUAUUGGUUUCCUUCUAAUGUGCCACUGUCAUCUACCACGUAUUGUUUUGCAAAACCAUUCCACAACCAUUGUGAUAUUUUCACGAUGCUUAUUAAAUUCAAUAAAAAUGUUUUGUUGGGUACUUGGUAUAAAAGCUAUUAUAUAAUUGUCAGACGCUUGACCUUAGCUACUGCACAAUCUACAUUAGCUGUUUAGUCUUUUUUUUUUACAGCUAUCAAAGCAUUUUGAUGUAUUUAUGUAAAUUGGAUCUUUACUGUGUGAACUCAUUUUCAGCUUUAUUUUUAAAAGAAAAGGUUCAUUUAGUGCCACGAGUAAAACUACAGAUCUAACUUAUUUAUAAUGCUUUGAUCUGCACUUAGUUAAAUUCUGGCAGCUUUUACCUACUCAGUAAAACAUCACAGCACAAACAGCGUCUUACAUUUUUUUGCUGACUCCAGAUAAAGUUUUGCAGAGACUUCUGGUGGUUCAAACUGUGACAAGACUAACCAGUGCCCAUUGCUAUAAAAUCCAAAUAGAGUGAUCGCAUACUUUUCACUUUGAUCCUGUUUGUGCAAAGUUGAUUGGGGUACCACAGGGUUCUUUAUUGGGAUGCAUUCAAAUUGGGAAUUUGAAAUUGGGCAGGAAAAAAUGAUUUAAAAAAGAAAAAGAAAAAAGUCUCUGAACUUGAGUAGAACAAAAAGCUUUUUGAUUAAUUUUGCUCUGCAGGGGAUAGUCUACGCAAUGCAAACAAAUACAUACAUUCAUUACCAUUUGUCUCUUAAUGUAUCCAUAUUCUUGGAUGGAUCACGCAAGCCAUCCCAGUGAUAUAAAAAGAGACAGCAAGCAACAUUAAAAAGUGGCAUUUUGUAAUACAAUAGACAGUGGUACAAUAUAUACUGCAUGUCAUUCUCGACUCUUCGGAUGUGUCUCUGCAGUUUUCAGUGCCCUACAUUAUUCAAGCAGUCAGCAUCCGUGCUAAAGAAUGCAGAGGGCUAGAUGACUGUGAAUAAAAGCAGGUCUGCUAUAUACGCAUAACCUUGUUCAUGUAGACCAUGUGGGUGCUGUCAUGUCACAUUAAUGAAAUGUUGCAUCCUCUCAGUUGUCUAACAUUUGACUAAUUCAUCCAUUUUAAAAUAGGAAAUGCUAUUGGUCCUGUUACCCUAUUGUUUUGUAGUAUGUUUUUAGCACUUAGCUGGGUCCCACUUUCCCUGAAACACAUUAGUUUCUAAUUAAUUAUGCAAUCCAUAUAGAAAAGGGCAAUCGGGGUCAUUUUACCUCUAUCACUGUGGUCCUUUUUGUUGUAUUCAUUUAAAAAAAAAAAAAAAUCAUAAAAAGCACACAAAUGUCAUCAAGUGUGAAGCAGCACUACAGCUGCUGAACCUGUCAGUGGUAUAAUCUGGUAUAUACACAGUUCAUUAUUAUUAUUAUUAUUAUUAUUAUUAUUAUUAUUAUUAUUAUUAUUAUUACUACUACUGCAAAGUACACUUGUUUAAAAAAGUGGUAAUUGCUAUAAAUGGAGCAUCUUCUUUUUCAAGCCUUACUAGACACUGUCCUGCCACCAGUUUCUUUCACUAGAUGUUUGUUGUAUAUUUAGACAAUCAAUACAUGGUUAUGUUUGUUACACCUUUUGUACAGGUGUCUAUGGAAAUGACAUUCAGUUGUAUGUGUAAAUAAGACAUGGUGUAAUAUAUCAAGCAAUAAAGAAGUUCAUCAAGCACAGCU